AUCCACAGAAAAUACGACGCCGUCGUCUACUGAGAUAAACAAAUCAGAAAGAACUACUACAUCAGGCAGUGAAGUAGAUGCUUCUUCGGAUAGGAGUCCAAGCAGUGACGCAACAAGCAGCAGCUCCGCGGGCCGUCGGACAAGCCGCGGACGCCCAACAGCACGAGGACUUUCACACAAGCGAAGGAGUAGCUCUAGUUCUCGUGUCGUGGUCACCAGCAAUAAACAUCGUACUAUUACCAAGCACCCAAAGAACGAGAAGUUUCUCGCUUCGAGGUUUGUCACCGAGUUCUUGAACGUACGCGGGGGUACGACAAGAAGUGGAACGACCCGCGGUGGCACAAAGGAUUAUAGAGGAGCCACCGUUAAUACAGCAAGCUACAACUUGUCUUCCACGCGUCGAAACGAACGGAGGCAGGGUUUUUCAGCAAGUACUACAUCUCCCUCUUGUCGUCCCUCCUUCCACCUGAAAAAAAGCCCACUUCUUUCCCUUCAAUUCAACCCGAUUUCCCUGACGUUCGAAAUCGCAGACACGAGUUCGCCGCAUUUCAUCCACAUCGGCCAGAGGCUUGUGGGGUAUUUAGAUUACAACGAGGAGAGCGAGGAGUACCUGAAAUUGCAACGGGCAAAGCACAAGGACUUCGACAAACGGCAGCCUUCCAAGAAAAACCCGCGCGGAAAGAAAUUUUUUCAGUCCGCGGACCUGUUCUUGACCGAUUUGAGCUUGGACAGGCGGGAAAGUAGUGCCGCUGUGGAUCAUGCCACGUCGAGGACUUCCAAUGUUAACACCACCAGUUCAUCUUCGACCGAGCAAAGAUAUACGGAGCACGCGUACAGGGAAGAAGAUGGGUCUUGGUUAGUAGAGAAAAGGGCGAGGGAGUUUUUAGCCAUGCGCCGGAGCUGUGAGUUGAAAACGAAAAGAGUUUCCACUGAAACCAUUCAAACAACCACCACCACGCCGCCGAGAGUCGUGGGAACCACAAUUGGUGCUGGGGCGGUUUUGUCGCUGCCUCCAGUGCAUCAACAACAUUCAGCUGCUGCGUUCUUGACCACGACAAGUAGCACAGAGCAGCAGCAGGCCGAUGCAGCUGUGCUCCACCUUCCACAACAAGCCACCGUAGCAGCUCGGGGAAGCACCAGCAGCUCCGUGUUGGAGCUGAAAAUUCCAAAUUUGAUGAACACGUCUGCUUGUGGACUCGAGAGCGCGAGUGUCUUGAGCUCCUGCAGGCGAAGCAGCGUACCGGAUUUGGACAGUUGCUAUGAAAAUUUUAGAGCCUCGCUUUCUACUUCCGGAGGGGAACAAGUAGGUGGUGGUUGGAACAACAGGAAUCGGGACAGGGAACAAGAAGUCCGGGAGGAAACAAGAGCUUCUAUUCUAUUGGAAAACUACGAUAAACAGAUCGUAGCCAGUCCGUCCGCCCUGCUUGGGAUCGGCAGGAUUGCGGCUGGCUGUUCUUUCUUCCCGCGGCGUCAACCUUCUAACGGAAGAAUUUCCGUGGCGUCGGCGCAUCGUGUUGCUCGUUCCGCAAGGACGCACGACGAAACUGCUCCCCGUCCUGUUCAGACGGAGGGGCAAGGAGGGUCCUUGCAACAGCCGCAGAUGAUUACAACGCAAGAGCAUGCAAAUGCAAACGCGGACCCAGACGCAGAGGACAGUGACGGUCGGCGGACAACGGUUUCGCAGGUGAGCGCGGAGCACGACGGGGACGAGGGGGACGACGCAGAAGAUGACGAUCCCAAGAACGGUGGUAUAAGACACAGGAAACCCACCUCCCCUCGUCGUUCAGAAGACGAGACAACAGGAGCGACACAAUAUGAAGAUCAGCCCCCGACACAACAACUUCGAAACGUAGUGAAGCGACUGCGGAGGGUGUACCAGUUCCUGUAUGGAGAGAACAAGCUGAUGCUGAACACAACUAGUACAACGAGCGACGCACAGUCACGAGACGGCGGAUCAUCAUCUUCAUCGAGGGAUACAACUAGUAGACCACCACGGGGCGGCGGCGGCGGGGAGUUACGCACUUUAUUCUUCCAGGACAUCGGGAUGAAACGGUGGAAAAACGAACGUAUCCACAGUAAAUUUCCUGUACACGUACAAAUGCGGCUUCUGCAUGACAAAGCUUGCCUUUGAUUCUAGUUAGCAUGACAAGUGGCAUGCUCUAAGUUGGGGAAAUUUGUGAUGCAUUUUGCACGUGUACUAUGGGAAAUUUCCGGUGGAUAGAACGAAAACGAAUAGCAUUGGACUUUGAAUACCGCAGGAGCUCCUUGUCCUUCAUCUCUGGGCGAAAUUAUACUGGAAGAAAAUUAUGGAGGUCCUCGUCGAGCAGGGGACGAGGGCGAAAGAUCCUUUUCCCUAGGCAGCGCCAGAGCAGAAGAAGCACGACGGACUGUAAUUCAUCGACGUAUAAUAGUCGCAAUAGCCGAGGAAUGCUCGGAAAAAUAAACCGGUACCGUUCCUGGUCCUCCACCGAUUCCAUAACCUCGUCUGUCCAAGGAACUGCAGGAACAAAACGGGCGUCCAGUUGCUUAUCCUUAGGCAGUGACCUCCCGAAUUACGUUGUCCACAACUCGCGGAGAUCCCGCUCGACUUCCGACGACGGCGGAGGAGGAUACCACGGGCCACACAGCUACAACAGUACCUGUAAAAAUAGAUUUCUCUGCAGCUACGUGGAAACGCUCGAGGACGAACUGUUCGAGAAGGAAAAACAGCUUAUGGGAGUGCACAACUCGCCUUCCUCCUCAUUUGUCAUGCAAAAACCCAAAUCCAUGUGCCUCACAACUGUGGCACUGUUUUUUACAUGACAGAUUCCGGAAACCCAAACAGUACUACUUACACUAGGCGCAUGAAUUUGUCAUGCACAGGCUCCGCGUGUGCUGGUUUUUGUAUUGCUGUUCAUGCCAUACAAAUGAGGGGUAGGGGGAGUUGUGAACUCUCAUACAGCUCCGGGAAAAAACAGAACUGCUGGAAGCGAUGACCACUCGACUAGCGGCGGAGGAGGAAAGUAGGCAAAGGAGAAUUUGUAACACGAGCAGGGAAACAAGAAAUAGUAAAUCUCACUUUCGCGAAGGAGCUACAACAGAAGGGCAGAACGAUAAUGAAGGGACCUUUUAUCCUAAAAUUUUGAAGCGGUCCCAGCCCUCCUUGACCAGCGAUGCCAGCACGAGGUUCCCGUCGGUAACCACGAUUGGCAGUGGGAGCUCUUCGCUGCUCCGGUUGCCCAGUAUAAUAGGUGGAGGGAUGAACAAAGCUACAAGUACGGUGGCGCCAGUACUAGCAUCUUCCUCAGCUUCAACGUCAACCAGGAUGAACAAACCGUCGAAAAGCGUUAGUUUCGACGAUGAAACCUUGAGGGAGCAAGCAUGUAGAAAUACAGCAAGUCCCCGCGGCACAACAGCAGAUUGUGCAACAAGUGGAGGAGGUGGAGGGAGUGUGAAAAAUAAGAAGCCUGCCCGCAUCGUUGUGAUACCGUGAGAUUCAUCUCGCGGCACUACAACAACAUGACAGAUUUGAUGUUGAAAUUUUGCGAUGGGAACAAGAUGAUGGUCCCUUUUCUUUUCACUCUACGUUAUGACUACAGAUCCACGCUUUUGCAAUUUUCUCUUGAUUUAUUUCUCAGGGUCGUACUGGUACUACGCCCGAGCAGUAGGACGCACAAACACAAGCUCUUUUUUGCUGUGAGUGACUCAGCACGGGCACAUCGCUCUCGUGAAACGUUCCUACUUCUACUUGUACAUC